AUGGCCGAACAAAUGGGUACCCCUGGGUCCACGGCAGACCUCUCCGUCAAUGGCAGCAAGACAGGAGCCCCAAAGGACAAGUCCUGUCCCUUUUGUCACCAGCAAUUCACAUCCUCCUCCCUGGGACGCCAUCUCGAUCUUUACAUAAAGGAGAAGAACCCCAAGCCGGCAGAUGGGGUUCAUGAUGUAGACGAGAUCAAGAAGCUGAGAGGAGGGAUCACAAGGAGACAGCCGAGGAAUUCAACGUCAAGGAGAGAGGAUUCUACACCUGCGGGUACACCUGUUGCUCAGGAUAGGAGGAGUCCACGCCCCGAGUCUGACGGUCAGGGGAAUCGAUCACCAAGCUUAAGGAGAGAUGAAGGUGCUGGAGACAUGGUCAAUUUCAAGGGGAAGCCAAGUUUCUUCAUAAAUAAGGGCACAUGGGAGAACACAGGUGUCAUGAACAAUAUUCCGCCGCCUAGGACCAGCGAUUCGAGGAGUUGGGAUGGCGACGAACGGGAUGCAAACAGGAGGCUAGAACCGAGAAGCAGAUCUGUUAGCAAGCAGAUGUUGGCAAAGACCACCUUCGAGCAGAAGCAGAAGAUGCUAGAUGCCCUGGAUAAUGCUAAAGCUGCUGAAUUGGCAUUAAGGGAGCUUAUGGGGUCAAUCCGAGCUGCGAAACAACGUAUUGAUGGCCCUUCAAUAUUUGACUACGAUCCAUUGACCCUGGACUUCCCAGCUCUAACGCUCCGCUGCCUCCCACCACCUCCUACGCUGUUCCAAUCAACCCCUAUUCCCUCCGCCACCUCUUGGUCGAUUUUACCCCCAGACGAAACUCAAUACCACGCCUUAGUCGAGCACUUCUCCUCUGCCUUUCACAGCUGGCAUGUCUCAGUCGCAAUAGCAAAUACCGCCCCAACAGAAGACCUCUCCUAUCCACCCCCAGAAAUGUUUGCAGGGCACGAGGACCCAACCGAAAUAGCCCAACGAGCAGAAGCUGCAGCCUCGGAACUCGAAGCCAAAGUCUCACAACACCUACACAAUGUAUUCACACACUGGAACUCUCUGCCCCAAGCGAAGCGUAGUGAGAUAUGGACUUUGGAGUUAGCAAGAGGCCUGGGCCGCAAGUCAGAAGAGAUAGACACUCUGAAGAAGGAGCGGGAUUUCCACAAGCAAGAAACGGCACACUUGAAGCAACAGGUCGACGAGUUGAGCCGGUUACAACAUCCCAGGGAGUUCAAACUUCAACCUCCUAGCACGAUCCCAUUCGAACAGCCGCUGAUGCGCGUGCUGGGUGAUCAGGGACUACACACGUUGAGCAAAGGCUUCGAAUUGACGGAUAGGCAUGUCCAUCUAGAUGUGCUUGUUGAGCGAGUCAUUGGCCGCUGGAAAGGCAUUGUAAGGGAAGCCAGGGGCAAUGGUAUUGGUAACGGAUUAUCAGCGCAGCGGAGUCUUAGUGGAGGAUCCUCGCAUUCAGCGAGCCUGCCUCCUCAGCCUCCAGUCCAGCAACAACAGCAACAACAGACUCCGACACAAAACCAAAACCAAAACCAAAAUCACUCUCAACCCCAAGUUCAAACACAAUCCCAGCCUCAGCCACCACUCCAAGUCCAAACCCAGCAGUCACAACCAACGCCCACGAUAACAACACCACAACCAACACCAACCAUAGCAAUGGACUCCUCGAACCUGAUCUCGCCCUCCAACAACGACAUGGACGGCAUGGGCAGCGAUGCUGACGCCGAUGCCGACGCAGAUAUGGAGGACGACGAGAGCUAUGUAGAUAUGAACAUGAGCACGGCCGACUCGGUGUCUCAGCCGUCUGGCUCGGCGGGCUUUAGACUGAGCAGUAAUGGGAAUGGAGAUCGCGGGAUGAGUACGGGUAUGGAGGGGUUGGAGAACUCUGUCGUGCAGGGAUACGUGAGGAUUGGUGCUUGA